AUGACUGAAGGCCCUUAUGGAAGGCCCGGAAAGCCUGUUGAAGAUGCAAUCUCAUAUAUUCUGUCAGCUGGAGACAAGCCAUGGUUUGCAGUGAGAUUUAUCAAUAAUAUCAAAGGAAGAGGAGUGUUUGCUACCGAACCAAUCGAGCAAGGUUCUUUUGUGUUGGAGUACAGGGGUGAAUUCAUAUCAGCUGAAGAAUGCAGAUCAAGGAACUACUCAGAGACACAGAGUACAUUUCUGUAUGAGUUUGAUUGGCAGAAACGCCAGUGGUGUAUUGAUGCAUCCAAGGAAGACGGCUCCCUUGGAAGAUUAGUGAACGACAACCACAAAUCUCCGAACUGCGUCAUGAAAAAAGUUAUAGUGAACAACAGGCCCCAUUUGUGUCUGUUUGCUGUGAGGAACAUCGAAGUAGGGACUGAACUUGAUUACAACUAUGGUGAUUCAAAAUGGCCAUGGCGUCAAAAGGUGACAUCCAAGCAGGCUCCAGCAGCAGAAGAAGAGAUGGCUGUGCCUCCUGUUGAUCUGUCCUCCAAGGUUUAUGGUGAAGAUGAUGAUGCUGCUGCUGAAGAUGAUGGGCCAAAGGUGACAUCCAAGCAGGCUCCAGCAGCAGAAGAAGAGAUGGCUGUGCCUCCUGUUGAUCUGUCCUCCAAGGUUUAUGGUGAAGAUGAUGAUGCUGCUGCUGGAGAUGAUGGCCUCUGUUGGGAUGUUAAGAUAGGGAGACUUCUAAGAGUGACCCUCGUGGGGCCCAUUGUGUGA